GGUGAUUCUGUGAAAGACGAUGGCUGUACCAGGACCUCCUCUGCUCCUACUUCUGUCUCUGCUGCUGCCGCUGCUGUUGAGCAAGGCAUCUUUGCCUGCAGCUGCAUACACACUCAUCCCCGGACGACAGCCACAGCACAAGCUCCUCCACCUGGACUGGCCUAAGGAUUGUGGUAUGGCUCACUUCAAGCCGAACAUGGCUGAGAGGAUUGUGUCAGGGAACGAAGCCAGACCUCACUCCUGGCCCUGGCAGGUCUCUCUGCAGGUUCGUCCCAGGGGAAGUAAACAUUACAUUCACGUCUGUGGAGGAACUCUCAUCCACAAGAACUGGAUCCUUACUGCUGCUCACUGCUUCCAAAAGGGUAAAGCUGAGGAUGCUGGGAGCUGGAGGAUUGUCUUGGGGAAGCACCAGCUGAAGCGCUCAGAGAAGGCAGAGAGGGUUUUCCCCGUGAAGAGAAUCUACCGGCACGAGAACUUCCGUUACCCAGCUCACAGUGAGCUGGACUACGAUAUCGCCCUGGUGAAAGCGGGCACAGACAUCAUCCCUUCAAACUUCAUCCGCUACGCCUGCCUGCCGCGCAAGCAGACCAGCCUCAACCCGGGACACUACUGCUGGGUCACAGGCUGGGGAGACACCCGGGGUGGAAAGGAGAAUGUGUCUCUGGCAGAAUCCCUGAAUCAAGCUCGUCUGCCAAUCAUUGACUUCAAGACCUGCCGGCAGAAGAAAUUCUGGGGUGAUCGUGUCCGAGACUCCAUGAUCUGUGCUGGAUUCAGGGACAAGGAGGACCCACCUGCUGCAUGCCAGGGCGACUCUGGUGGUCCUCUGCUGUGCCAGCUGGGGCAGGACCGCUGGGAGGUGCACGGCGUGGUGAGCUUCGGCCCUAUUGGCUGCACCGUGGAAAACAAACCCAGCGUUUUCACCCGCACCGCCGCCUACAUCCCCUGGAUUGAGGCGACACGCAUCAGGGACUUCUUCCUGCACUAAGCGGGCCACCUGACUCAGCUCUGACAGCAAACAUAAGCUCUGCCCUGUUUUAUGUCUGAUUGUCUACAGAUGACUACAAACUGUUUUUCCUAAAUCGCCACAGUGCAUUCAUGUUCCACUGACACGUUCACCAUUUGUGGAACUUUAAACCACUUCAAGAUGUAAAUACAUGUUCUGAAAGUGCAAUAAUUAUUUUCUAACACACCACAUUUUGCAGUCUACACUAUGCAAUACUCUGGUUUUGAAAAGCACAAAGUUGUGACAGAGCACUGCAUGGUAU